CAACAUUCCAGAUGAUGCCUAAUGAAUGAUAAUAACGCAUUUUUCUUUCUUGUCGUUCAAAGUCUUAAGUUUUAAUAAUACUGAGAUUAAUCUACCAAGCAAUCAGAAUAGCGUCUGAUGGCCGCCCUAACACUAACAUAAGGCGUCAUUAUGAGGAAAAUUGCGUUUACUCCUGGGACUCGGUCGUUGUCAUAUUUAUUUAAUGACCUUACCGACGUCUUUAAAUUUCGUGCAUCCGAGAAGCUGCCUGUGUCUAGAAGUGAGAAACUCAGCUGGACGGACAUUUCUGCGGCCAAGAAAGAGGAGGUGAACGCCAGGAUUCCUUCAGAAUGGCUGAUCCCGGAAGACCUGUUGCCACCAACAUCACAAACCAAGGUCGAUGAUUUUGUCGCUACUUCUGGGUUUUUUACAGAGGGAGAAAUUAAAAUCACGGCAUCGAGUGCAACCGAUAUCACGGCAAAUAUUGUUGCUGGAACUUGGACUGCAGAAGAGGUCACCAAAGCCUUUUGCAAGUCUGCUGCGGUAUCACAUCAACUGGUGAACAGCUUGACGUACACGCAAUUUCCAGAAGCCAUUACGGCUGCAAAGGAAUUAGAUGAAGAAUUCUCGAAGACGGGAAAGCCAAGGGGCCCACUUCAUGGCGUUCCUGUCUCGCUGAAAGACAAUAUCAACAUCAAGGGCGCACCAAGUACCAUUGGGUUUGUAGCAUACGCGAAUGAGAAAGAGGAAAAGAACAGCUACUUGGUGGAUCUACUUGUCGAGCUUGGAGCUAUUAUCUAUGUGAAAACAAAUGUUCCGACGGCAAUGAUGAUGGCGGAGACAGUAAAUAAUAUUUUCGGAACAACCACAAAUCCUCUCAAUCGCAAACUUACCCCAGGCGGCUCCUCAGGCGGCGAAUCUGCUCUCAUCGCUUCGUACGGAAGCCCGCUCGGAGUUGGCACCGACAUUGGCGGUUCACUCCGUCUUCCUGCCUCGACUACUGGUCUCUUUACGGUCCGAUUUUCCGGCAACCGGCUUCCAAACUUUGAUUUCAAAGCCGGCAUGCCAGGGCAGGAAGCUAUCGUUUCGGUCCAGGGCCCUAUUGCGCGCACUCUUGACGAUGUAAUUCUCUACAGCAAAUCGAUCAUUGAUUCGGAACCUUGGUUUAAAGACCCAAAGUUGUAUCCAAUCCCCUGGCGGGAGAUUCAGUUACCACAAAAAUUGAAGUUUGCGAUUAUUUGGGAUGAUGGGUAUGUGAGAGUCACGCCGCCCAUACAGAGGGCUCUUGAGACAACGGUUGCGAAGCUGAAGAACUCUGGCCAUGAAGUCGUUGAAUGGGAUAACAAGCCCAUUGGGAAGGUUUACAAUCUACUUCGGCGUCUAUUCACCGCCGAUGGCGGGAAAACAAUCAGAAGCCAACUCGAGAAAGGAGAAGAACCUGCCCCAAAGUUCAUGGAUAAUUUCUUGCAAUCUCAGGAGAUCGGUGUAUAUGACGUGUGGCAGCUACAGCGGGAACGAAAUCAGAUAUGGAAGGAGUGGCUGGAUCAAUGGAAUGAGAUUGAGGGGUUGGAUGGAAUCAUUAUGGCAGCUGCGCCAUACAUUUCCGCAAAACAUUCGAAAUAUACCCAUGCUGGUUACACUGGAUUGUUUAAUCUCUUGGAUUACUCUGUCGCGGUAUUCCCAUGCGGCGUUAUCGGAGAUAGAGAUAUUGAUGUGAGAAAGGCGGAUGAGCCUCCUGAGUUAAACGACGUCGACAAAGCCACGAGAGAGGAGUACGAUCCAAACGAGAUUCAUGGCUUGCCGGUUGGUCUUCAGCUCAUUGGAAGAAAACUCCAGGAAGAGAAGGUCCUGGCGAUGGUUGGAAGGGUCUUGGAAGCUGUAAACGCAAUAUAAUCCACAUCAUUCAAGCUGCUAUGCUCCAAACACAGGUUACAGAGGGA